AUGAGUUCACCCCUAGAUUCACUUCUCGGACGUGCAAUUGAUGCCAAACUUGAAGCUCACAGAAAACGGUUGGCCAAGAGCAGAGAAUGGCUCAAAUCACAGACUCAACAACUCUCACCAAAGAGCUCUCCACCCAAGGACGGAGGAGCUGGUACAGCCUCUGAUUCUUCCUCAUCGGCAGCUUCAUGGGAAAAGGUGGAUUUAAAUUCCCAGAGGAGAGUUAAGAAUAUUGAUGAUGGAGAAAGCGUUGAGGCCAUCAUCAACAAGCUCAAACUCAAUGCGUCAUCCAUAUAUGAUUCGUCCGAUGAAGAUGAUGACUUCCACGAUUUAAAAGGAAGCAAUAAUAGUAGUAGUAAUAAUAAUGGCGUAUCCAACACAAGUAGAUCUAACAAUUCUAAUUUGUCAUCAAGUACUCAAAGACAACCACCCAUUGUGCAGAAAUUGUUGGAGGAGGGUAAAAUGAUGGAGGAACGAAAAGAACAAUUGAGGAAUAAGCACUACAGUGAGAUUACAUUCCGUCCUAAUAUUAGUGAAGAAUCAAGAAGGCUUGCCAGCAAGGUAGACCAAAGCAACUCCAGCUUUGUCGAAAGAUUUGAGGAGCAAGAACGACUCAGAAGAGACACAUUGGAUACCAUUCGGACCGAACUCAAUGAGGAACCUUCCUUCAGACCAUCCAUUUCAAAAUUGGGGCAAGAAAUGAAGGGUCGUGAAGACGUGAGCCAAGUAAAUAGAACAUGGCUCUCUGAGAGAGAUGAAAAAUUGAACAAGCUUAGAGAAAUGAAGGAAGAGAGGGAAAUGGAAGAAGAAAUUUUCAAGCCAAAACUCAACCCAAGAACACUCAAAAUCAUUGAGAGAAAGAAAGCCAGCUUGAAAGAAAAUUUAUCCCUCGAAGAAGCCUUUGAAAGGAAAGAAUUCCUUCGACAACAACGGGUUCAAGAGAUGGCAGAAGAACAAUUUGAGUCAAUGGUACCAGGAACACCAAAAAUUACAGCUCAAGCUGCCAAAAUGAUACGAGACGGAAGCGUGUCUGAUAGACUUUAUCAAUUAAGCUUCAAGAUGAGCGAAAAGAAACAAGAGAUUUCACUUCAGCACCUCGAAGAAGAAAAGAAAAUGUUCGACUUUAAUCCAAAAAUCAACUGGAGCGAAUUUGAAAGAGAUGAACCUGUAUAUGACGACUUGUAUCACCAGGAGGAAAAUUCUAGAAUCAAGAGAGUGGAAAGAAUGGAAAAGUUGUUGGAAAAGGAAAACCUCCUCCAUCAUCCAAGAAUUAAUCCCGUCUCAGAAGAGAUUGCUUCUCGCCUUCCUCACUCAUCCAAAGAGAGACUCCUCUCAAGUGGAAACAAAACUCCAAAAGGAUCUCCAGUCAAACUGGAGCUAACUUUCAAACCUCGUAUCAAUGAAAAAUCAAAAUUAAUUGAAGGAGACAAAUCUCAAUCAGUGGAGGAGCGAAUUACACAAUUACUGAACUAUGACAAGAAGAAGAGACAAAUACUCGAAGAGAAACGAAAAGAAAAGGAUGAAAAGGAAAUGGAGGAAUGUACUUUUAAACCAAAUGUAUUGGCAAACCCCAAAACACAAUCACUUCAAAAAACCUUUGCUGAUCGGUUAAUAUUUUGGGAUAAGAAAAGAAAGGCUAAGCUGGAGCAAGAGCGAAAGGAGAAGACGCUCCAAGAGUUAAAACAAUGUACCUUUAAGCCUGCCAUUGAUAGAAUUAAGCAGGAGGAUCUCUCAAAAUUAGAGAACGAUUCUGAACCGCUAGGUUAUGAAGAGUUUGUUCAGAGACAAAUCGAAGCUAGGGAAAAGAAGAAGAAUGCAUCUAAGGUAAUCAAUUAUGGAGAAAAUUGGAAGAAUGAGAUAACCAUUCCAAAAGAAUUCACAUUUGGCCAAAAGACAGCUGUGAUUAAAUCACUUCGCAAGCCAUUAACUCCACAAACGUCAAGAAUAAUGGAGCCUGAGGACAAGGACAAGAGUUUUGAGGUUCAAUACAGAGAGGUGUACCACAUUGACGAUGAGAUGAAUCGUGACUCUGAUAAUUUGGAUGUCUUCCCACCUCAAGGUCUGUUUUCAACAAAGAACACGUUGAGUAUUUUGGAAGGCACUGCUGGCUCAGCUUCAUCGUCAUCCUCGCUCAACUCUUCUGCUAAUCCUCUCUUGUCACAACUCAAUUACUUGGCUUCUCCUCACAGCACUGAAAAAGAUCUAUCCCUGUCUGAUCUAAAGGAUUAUCCAUCCCCAACCAACGAAUGGGUGAAGAGAAGCAAGCAGAAAAUUUAA